AUGAAGUUCUGGCUGUACUCGAGCGCGAGUCUCGCGGCGUGCGUGGGGCUCCUCUGCUACACGUACGCGACGCGGGAGCACUUCUACCCGUCGGUGAUCUACCUCGUGACGUCCAAGGUCAGCGUCUUGGUGCUGAGCAACGCGGCGCUCGUGCUGACGACGCUCUUCGGGCGACUGGUCCAGUCCUUUUUCCUCGGGGCCCUGCGGGAAGUCGAAGUCGAGCUGCUGCACGAAAACGUGCGCUACGCUGUGACUGAGACAUGUCUAGCGCUGACGAUCUUUCGGGAUGAGAUCUCGUUCCACGUGAUGGCGCUGUUCACGGCGCUCGUGUUCCUCAAGAUUUUCCACUGGCUCGCGCAGGCUCGGAUUGAAUUUAUCGAGCAGACGGAUACCGUCUCUCGGUCAACGCAUGCACGACUGUCGACACUCAUGGCUGUGCUUGCUGUGGUGGAUGUGGCCUUUGUGGUCUGGUGCUCGCUCGAAAUUAUGGAGACUGGGCCUUCGGUCUUCAUCCUGUUCGGAUUCGAGUUCCUCAUUUUGCUGGUGACUAUCGUGGCCUUGUCCUUGCGCUACGUGCUGUAUGCGGUGGACCUUCGGAUGAACGGUGCCUGGACAAACAAGUACACGUACCUCUUUUACUUGGAGCUCGUGUCCGAAGUGGUAAAGCUUGUCGUGUACUUGAUCUUCUUUAUGCUGAUCUUCGCGUACUAUGGCAUGCCACUGCAUAUCGUGCGUGACCUCUGGGUUUCCUUCAAGAACUUACAACGACGCAUUUCGUCGUACUUCCGCUACAGAAAAAUCACCGCUCAUCUGAAUGAACGCUUCCCGAAUCCGACGGAGUUGGAGCUUCAGGAAAUGGACAGGACGUGCAUUAUCUGUCGGGAGGAAAUGACCCCAGAAGUUUGCAAGAAGCUACCGUGCUCACAUAUCUUUCACGUUAACUGUCUUAAAAUGUGGGUGCAGCGCCAGCAGACGUGCCCCACGUGCCGAUCCACCAUUCCGACUGGGCCCCGUCACCCCGACCCUAUUACUAGUCCUGGAGGAGUAGCGGCUCGUGUUGCAAGACCCGGAGCCGACGAUAAUAAUGCAGCUCAACCGGCAGCAGAAGGGAGAGGUAAUGCUCAAGAGCGUGCUGCGCCACGCUUCCGUUUUGGGGUAGCGUUCGGACGUGCAGCUCCGCCAUCAAGUCAACCCGAAGCUCCUAGUGCGACAACUCCUGGAGCUGCUCAAGACACUACACCCCCAGGGUACGGUGGCAUUCCUGCAGCCACCGCUGGCAACCCUUUUGCUCCUGGUUAUUCGAACCCGUACAUGUUCCCGAUGAUGUUUGUUCCUGGAAUGGGGUCGCCUUUCGGCUACGGGAUGCCGGGAGCGUAUGGCAUGAUGCCGGGCAUGUCACCGCUGGGCCACAUGCCAGCUCAGUCCCAGCAAGGUGUGCAGCAGCCAGCGAUGGACCCAGACGGAAUUCAGCAACAGAUAAAUUUUCUGCAUGAACAGCUCGCGAUGCUGCAAGCAUCAGCGGCACAGGCAAGCACUUUACAGCCGACUGGCGCGGUAUCGCAACAAACGACGCUGGCGUCCUCCGUGUCAAUAGCACAGUCGCAUACCAGUGCCCCUCCUGUCCAAGCGUCUCCACAAAUAUCUGCACCUACGGCGUCUGCAGCUUUCCCAGCUCCAGCAGUUGCUACUGGGCAAGCUUCAACUGCAGUAGGCGCCGGUACGAGUACAGAGAGCCCGAGGGAAUCUUUGGACGAAAAGCGUUCAGCUCUCUUGCCGUCUCAGGAACAAGGAAGUCUAUUGCCAACUGAUGGUGCUCAUGAGCCAUCAACAUCGCUUCCUGUGACGUCCACAAUUCCAUCGGCUUCGGAGUCAGAGGUGGACCGCCGCAGAGAAGAGUUGCGCCGUCGCUACAACCGUAUUUACGGCACGUCUUCGAACUCUGCUGCUACAAACGAUGGCGAGACGAAGACCGACUAA